AUGACGAUUUUCGAUGCAUUUACUGGAUGGUUUGCCCCGAUCCUCGUCCAUUCCCAAGCCGGUCUCUACCUAGUCGGAUAUUUACGUCUUGGACCUCAUGGAACACAUUAUUUUCUUAUCAUUUUCUACACUCUGAUGGCCAUUCAGGGUGGAGCGAUUGGGGCGGCGUUUACCCUCAAAUUCUACGCCCUCGCUCCACCAAAUCAUCAACGAUCAAUCCAUUUGCUUUGUAUUCUUUAUAUCAUUUCAAUUUAUUCCACCAUUCCGAUAUGUGUCACCUUUUUGUAUUUAGCGUAUGAUCGACAAAUGGAAGAAUACUUCUGGGAAACGAUCUCGAUGACGUUUUUCGAGGUCUACGGUGGCAUCUUUGGUCCAAUCUUUGCCUACACCCAAACGGGUAUUUAUCUAGUCGGAUAUUUGAGAGUUGGAGUCAUCGGAACACACAUUUUCUUUAUAUUCUUCUACGUUCUCUUGUCGAUUCAAGGAGGUGCAAUCGGAUUGGCGUUUACAAUGAAAUUGUACUCGCUCGCGUCAACUUUUCACCGAAAAUUGAUGAAAGGGCUUUGUUUUGGGUGGCUGGUCGCAUAUUAUGGAAUGAUUCCCAUUUGUGCGACUCUUUUAUUUUCAGCGAUCGAUCAAAAGAUGAUUGAUACGUCGAAAGCAUUGUUUCUUGUACUCAUUGGUGCUUACGGUACUUUCUAUAGUCUUUAUCUGUUAUCAAGAUGGUCUUUGCUGAUUGGAUGGAGUUGGGCGGCGAUCAUUCAGAGAAUUUUAUCCCCAUAUGGAAACCUUCUCUCAACAGCCCAUUCCGGUCUCACUUCAAUCGUCCUUCUCACCACAACAAACUCAUAUCGAAAGGCGUUAAUUGGGAUUUUUGUCGCCAAAAAGACGCCGACUCUCCGCACUCGUGCCAACUCAAUCUUCAUCGCUGAUAUGAUCAGAAGAACCUCCUCAAAAGCAGUCAUU